AUGAGUCGCGAAGUGCAGAAAGAAAAUGCAACACCCAGCACGGGUGGUACAACCGAGGGCCACCAGUACGUGGGCCCGUACCGGCUCGAGCGGACGCUCGGCAAGGGCCAGACCGGUCUGGUGAAGCUCGGUGUACACUGCGUACUCGGCAAGAAGGUGGCGAUCAAGAUUAUUAACCGGGAGAAGCUCAGCGAGUCGGUGCUGAUGAAAGUGGAGCGAGAAAUUGCCAUCAUGAAGCUAAUCGACCAUCCACACGUCCUCGGGCUAACGGAUGUGUACGAAAACAGAAAAUACCUAUAUCUCGUACUGGAGCACGUGUCCGGUGGUGAACUGUUUGACUAUCUCGUAAAGAAGGGCCGCCUAACGCCAAAGGAGGCGAGAAAGUUUUUCCGCCAGAUCAUCUCCGCCCUGGACUUUUGCCAUUCGCACUCGAUAUGCCACCGGGAUUUGAAGCCGGAAAAUCUGUUGCUGGACGACAAGAAUAACAUUAAGAUAGCAGAUUUUGGAAUGGCGUCACUGCAGCCGGCUGGCUCCAUGUUGGAAACAUCUUGCGGAUCGCCACACUACGCUUGUCCGGAGGUGAUUCGGGGCGAAAAGUAUGAUGGCCGCCGGGCGGAUGUGUGGUCCUGCGGAGUAAUACUGUACGCGCUGCUGGUCGGUGCACUACCGUUCGACGAUGAUAACCUGCGGCAGCUGUUGGAAAAGGUGAAACGAGGCGUGUUUCACAUACCACACUUUGUGCCGCCGGACUGCCAGAGUUUGCUGAAGGGCAUGAUAGAGGUGAACCCGGAAAAGCGGCUGACUUUGGCCGAAAUCAACAAACAUCCGUGGGUGACUGCCGGUGGGAAGGGUGAGCUGGAGCUGGAACUGCCCAUGAUGGAGGUAGUCCAGACGCACGUCAUCCCGAACGCGUCCUCCGUCGACACGGACGUGCUGAAUGCCAUCUGUUCGCUCGGUUGCUUCAAGGAGAAGGACAAAUUGAUACAGGAACUGCUUAGCCCACACCACAAUACGGAGAAGGUGAUUUACUUCCUGCUGCUGGACCGGAAACGACGGCGACCGGCAAUCGAGGACGAAGAGGACGUGCUGAGACCGCGCAACGACAUCAUCGAGAUCGCCGACCCGCCCCGGAAACGGCUCGAUACGUGCCGAAUCAAUGGCAGCAGCAGUCUUUCGUACGGACAGAUCAGUGAGGGUUCACCGCUAACCUCACGGCGGCAGACGUUCAACAACGGCCAUCGUAGUCACAGUGGCAGCACCAGCAGUGGCAGCCGUCGGUCACCGUCGUCGGUUCCACUGUCACGUAGCUCAUAUCAAAGUCCAACGCGCGGUGUCGUGGUCAACUCCUCGCAACCACUGAAUCAACUCCAUCCACCAUCAUCGCCGAAUGCCGCCUCGAACCGACACUCCAACUACUCGCCAAGAAGCAGCACCAAGUCGCAGGUCAUCGAUUCCUCCUCGCCGGUCCACCAUCGGGCAAACUCCGGUCCGGCCGUAACGGUUGGUCUGUUUUCGGAAACUGACUCCAACAACAUGACAUCAUCAAUCAAUGCCAUCCCGGGCUCGCCGAUACUGGGCAGUCCACAACAGCUGCAGGCCGUUACUACCGGCAGCCAGCUGUGGAAGACUCGACUGACGAACAUUAAGAAUAGUUUCCUAGGAAGUCCGAAGUUUCAUCGUAGAAAAAUGCAAAUAUCCACAGAAGAAGUGCAUCUUACUCCGGAGUCAUCGCCGGAGCUGACGAAAAAGUCUUGGUUCGGGAACCUGAUGACGACCGAAAAGGACGAAACGUUCACAGUAUUAGUGAAGGGCAAACCGCUAGCGACGGUUAAAGCUCACCUGAUCCAUGCCUUUCUAUCGAUGACUGAGCUAUCGCAUAGCGUCCUUUCGCCAAUGUCUUUCCGUGUGGAGUACAAGCGGGGUGGUACCGGGCCGACGAUGUUCCAGCGGCACGUCCGGAUACAGGUCGACAUCAAUACGAUCUGCAAGCAGGGUGACGUCGGUGACAUGCUGUUCGCCAUUACGUUUACGCUGAUCUCCGGCAAUAUACGCCGGUUCCGGCGAAUCUGUGAGCACAUACAGGCGCAGGUCUGCUCCAAGCGUUAUCCCGCGCUGAGUAGCCCGACGAACCAGCACAACAACAAGGUGGCAAACAGCGUGGCCGAAAGUAUAUCCUGUGGGUCCGAUUCUAGCGAUCGCAUCAACUACAACAAACACGAGUCUGACAUCGAGCAGGAAACGUUCUACGAUACGACCAGCAUUGGGAAGACGCGCCGAUCGUCGGCCACCUCGUCCAACAAGAACUCCGUAUCAUCGGAUGAAAUCGAAAUCAAAACCGUACGCUCGAGCUCGGAAUCCACGGAACGUGAGCGGGAACGCAGCACGGAACGGCCGGCGGCCAUGUCCGGUAGUGCGCUGGUAUGA